AUGAUGGCCCGAGGAAGAAUCGAUCAGUCUAGUAACCCUCAUUCACAGUUUAUUUCAGCAUCACAGAGCCUCCGACGUGGAAAGCACCCUCGCGAUUCCGACUCCACUUCGCCAUACGAUAACCUAGACUCAUUUGAGUCCACCCUAAGCGAUGAACGAUCUAUAUACAAUGCGAUCAGAGUCACCACGCCAAAUAAUUCCAGCCCUCGUUUCUACGCGUCUCUCCUGCAAGAGAACCCCGUUCACGAGCAAGGCCUAGCGGUAAACAUGGCCAGAUUCGUUCCUUCAGAUUCACAGGAUGAUCAUACUCCGAUGACUGUGCCAGCCAGUCAAGGAAGACGACAGAGAAUGGCAAGGAAGCUUGGGAAUCACACCAAGCUUUUAUCUGACCAGUACUGGCAAGCCACACACCGGUCGAGACCUCCUUUGAGUGGAAAUACAUCGGUACCAGACCGCCGUCCGUCUUUACAUCGCAAGGCUGUUUCCCUCGGUGAUGCUAGUAUCCGUAGGCCUAAAUGGCCUGGGAACUUGGGACCUGCAGUAACGAUUAUCCAACCUCGAUAUCCACCGCCAGAAAGAUCGCCUACACCCCCUGGCCUUCCCUCCUUCGGCACAUCAGAAGCUAUGAGCAUCUCUGCGCGGUUCAUGAUCCCAGAUAACAAUGCACGGCUAUCCGCAAAUAUGCAACGUGGAGGUUCUACUAGUGGUCAGCGUGGCACCUCGUAUGGCGACACCCUAAGGAGAUUCUUUGGCUUGCCAUCUUCUGCGUCUCAUGCUAGUUGGAUUUCCGUUAAUGGGAUAGGAAGAGCCGAGGAUGGUACGCUAGUACAGGGCCGGUUCCCUCAUCGACAAAGUGGACAUGGGAUGAACAUGGGUCGACCGCUGCAGGACCACCCUUUCCACCAACGCAAUCUUUCCGUUGCCCACCGCGAAGCCACAUAUACAAGCUACGAUCGUUAUGGUGAAGGUGCACACACAAAGGAUAGCUUUGGGAGAAACCCAAGCAGGCGUGCCCAGCCUCCCGCCAGGUCCUCUAGGCGACAUUUUCCCUCUCCAUCGAACCCGGUCCCUGCUGUAGUAAAUCGCCCACCGCGGCCCAGAGCUAAUAAAUUUCUCAGCUUGUCGCGCAAGCUGGCUAGCUCAAACGGUCCUACAAAUUCGGUGGAGUCUACUGCCCAAGGAACGAGGGCAACUGGCGACCACAUCCCUCCUAGGCCAUCGCAGUUGCAGUCGGUUUUCACGAUGACUGUCUGCGGCGGCAGUGCAAAUGAAGGCCGUCACACAAACAUGCCCGUAUGUCCGGAUGUUCUGUCGUGGGUGAAAGCGCAGUCUUUCCUCUUCUGCUGCCCGGGCAGCCAUGAUGAGCCGGAUGAUUCGCUUGGAGCAACCAGCUCACGGGACACAUAUGUAACCGCGCAGAGCCAGGUAUCGCCUGCUGGAUCUCAGAACGAGGGCAGUGAUGAGAAUACUCAUCUCCAUGGCUUCCAGACAUGGAUCUCAUCUUUGUACGGUGUCAUGUUCCCGACCCCUAUGACCCCUGCCGCUGUUUAG